AUGGCACAGCAGAAGGGUAAGAAAAUCCCUGAACGGGCCGAUAAAUCAGGCUUCUUCACAGUGCGAUCCGCGCCGAACAGAGCACAAGGCCAACAUGAGGCUGACCAAGAUGGCGGCGGAGACGAUACCCUCCCCCUCCAACACUCACCAGACCCAGGGAAUCUCCCUGUCACACGAGAGAUCCUGAGAGCAUACCUGGACGAAAUGUCCGACAAACUGCUAAAUAAUAUCCAAGCAUCGGUCACUGCACUCAGCAAAGACAUCCAGGAACUGGGUGAAAGAACAGCCCACGUGGAGCACCGCAUGGGCGAAUACGCAGAAGCCCACAAUGACCUGGCGGACCACGUUCAAGCCCUGGAAAAGCAACUCACCUCAGCCGAGCUCAAGCACUACGAUCUUGAAGACAGAUCACUGCGGCAAAACUUAAGAGUACGGGGAAUACCAGAAUCGAUAAUGCAAGCUGACAUACCUGAAUUCCUGACCGGGUUCUUCAAAAGCCUUAUACCAGACAUGCCGACGGAAAUGAUCCUUCUGGAUCGGGCUCACCGCGUAGCCAAACCAAAGUUCCUACCCGCAGAUGCAGCAAGGGACACGCUGACUCACCUACAUUAUUACCACGUCAAAGAGGCCAUACUUAAAGCUGCCAGGAACCACACAAACCUUCCAACAAAGUAUGGCCAGCUACAGAUAUAUGCAGACCUAUCAGCAGCCACCCUACAACGGCGAUGAGACUUCAAGGAGAUAACUGAAACUCUGCGGGAACACAAGAUCCCCUAUAGAUGGGGGCACCCGGUACGCCUGAUUAUCCAGCGUAAUGGAACCUUCACCCAUGCGACCACACCAGAGGAAGGGUUGAAGGCCCUGAAGCAAUGGGACUUACCGGUCCGCAAACAAUCUGGGUGUACAACUUCAACGCAGCGAUUAAGACGACUGGAAGAAGGCGAAAAAAUAACCCAAUCUUCACCAGCCUAUAUCCAGACAUGGGUGUUACAGAUUCAGGGCUGA